GCUUGCGCAGUGCGAAACAGCCCUGCGCUGCUUGCUGCAUUAUGGAAUUUCGUUCUGCGCAGCGAGCAAUAUUGCAGCUGCUGGGUACCGUGGCUCCGGCAGACCUCCCGGCGCUGCUCCAAUGGAUGCGAACUACCAGAGAUUUUGAUGAAUUCACUCAAGAUAAUAAUGACAUUAUGUUGAAAAGCAUAGCAGAAGACCUUCGGAAUUGCUUACCUCUAGAAACUAUGCUUUCUUCAGAACAUCUAGCCCUUCAAAAAAUACAGCAGCAGCCAGAACCCACAGUUCAUGUGGAUGCAUUCCUUUAUGAUGAAGACUUUAUUGAUUCAUUAUGUGAAGAAGGAAAAAUGAGUAGGAACUACUGUAUGGUGUGUGGCUCACACCAGACAGCACCUUUAGGAUUCAUUUCCCAUUCCUUCUCCCUCAUGGAACUGAAGUUCAUUUAUCAUCAUGUACUCCCUGAUCUGUCAGGAAAGGUCUUGGUUGACGUGGGCUCCAGGCUUGGCAUAGUCCUUUUUGGGGGUUACCUUUACAGUUCAGCACAGGAACUCUAUGGAGUAAAAUUAAAUGGAGACUUUUGCCAGUUGCAGGAAAUGGUCAUAAAAAAAUACCAGUUCACUGACAGAAUAAAGGUGCUUCAUGCAGAUAUCCGUACCCAGGGUUCACUUCUGCAAAAUGCUGAUGUUGUUAUAAUGAAUAAUGUCUUCGAAUAUUUUCUUAAUGAGACAGAACAGGCCAGAGCCUGGGAAUAUAUCAGCUGUAAUGUAAGGAAGCAAGGAUCAUUAUUAGUGACAGUACCAAGUCUUGAAGAUUCUCUCUCAGGUCUCCAGACUGAUAUACAGUUAUCCCCCUGGGUUGAAGAGAUACCACUAAACUAUAAUGUAUACCCACAAAAGGAUAUUGACAGAGAAGCUCUUGAACAAAUUCAUUUAUAUAAGAUUCUCUAAUACUGAAGUAGUCCAUCAGUAUGAUGUUUUGCCAAGUAUAAAAAAGAAAAAGAAAAAAUAACCUCAAUAUCCUAAUACAUAUUGUUCUAUAUAUUCCCUUCCACUCUUUGUACAUAUGAUUGCAUAUUUGUAAGUAGUUGUAUGUGUAUUUAUGGUUUUGUUCUGCUCUGUGUGAUAAAUAUGAUUAAAAUAUCUGAAAAUGUU